GGGGUGUUUCUCCAAAAACCAAUGGAGGGUCUAGAGUUUAGGGGCCAAUUCAUGAUGCCAUCUCAUUUCCUACCCCCACUUCGGUGAUCUUGCACGUCAACAUUUUUCCCGACGCGUAUACGAAGCCAGGUUUUGGAAAACUUACCGUUUCAAUCGGGGUCGGUAUGGUGCAACAUUCUUGAUUGAUUUGAUUGCUUGUUUCCUGGGAAAUCAAAUCGACCCAUGAAAGGAAGUUGCGUCAAUUUCAUUGUGGGUUCCUGUUCCUUUGGAAAUUUGACUCAUUUUUUCCCUCUUUUGACUCACUCCGAUGAAGAAAAGUCUGCAUCUUUGUCCUCAAUUUAAAGUUAUUCGAGUCAAAUAUCUGAUCCCAUUUUUUAAUUCUUUCUGGGGAUACCGGUCGUCCUUGGAGAAAGAAUAAAAAAGAGCUUUUUAUAUUUUUGGGUUCUGGUUCAAUACUGACAAUAGAUCUCUCUCCUUGCUUUUGUAGAACAACCCUAGAAGGUGUUGUUUGCAGAAAAUAAGGUAAAAUUUUUUAAGGUUGUUGUCUUGUGAUCGUUGUUGUUAUGUCCGGGGCUGCAGGGCAGGCUGUGGAGCAUGUUUGCUUGCCCAAGAUGGAGGCAAAGUCCAAACCCGGAUGUUGUAAUCCCGUCAAGAAAUCGGGACCGGUUACCAUGGAUCAUGUUCUAUUGGCAUUGUGUGAGACCAAGGAAGAGAGGGAUAUGAGGAUCAGGAGUUUGUUCGAUUUCUUUGAUGCAGCAAAUGUUGGGUUUUUGGAUUAUGCCCAGAUUGAAAAGGGUCUGUCUGCCUUACAGAUUCCGGCAGAGUACAAGUAUGCCAAGGAUCUGUUUAAAGUUUGUGAUGCUAACAGAGAUGGGCGUGUGGAUUAUCAAGAAUUUAAGAGGUACAUGGAUGUCAAGGAACUUGAGCUUUAUAGGAUUUUUCAAGCCAUUGAUGUGGAGCAUAACGGAUGCAUUUUGCCUGAGGAGCUUUGGGAUGCGCUGGUUAAGGCUGGUAUACCAUGCUUUUCAUGAUUUUGUUAUUGAUAUUUUCUUUUCAUUUGUUUGAUUGGUUUGUGAUGUAGGUGAACCUGAUAGGUUGAUCAUAUGCUUACUAUUUGAAUAAUUGCAUUUUAUUUUUGAAUUUUAAAAUUCAUUUCCAAUAGAAGCACCUGUUAAUAGCUUCUAUUGUAAACAUAAUAUCUUUUAACUACUCUUGUAGGCUGUUAAAUAAGAGGCUGCAGCUUAGAUUGUAAAGGAAUUUGCCUCUUGCAGUCUUGUUUGAUGGUGUUUGUAGGGGGAUUGGCAUGUCCUGAUCUGGUUUAGGACGCAAUUGAAUUGAGUUUUCAUUAGCUAAAUAAUAUCUUAUGGUUGGAUCUGGUUAUGGUUUUUUGGGAGUUUUGUUUGAGGGCAUGGCGUCUCUGAAUGUUGGAUGGAAUUGGCUUUUAGUCCUAUCCUCCGUGUCUGGCUGCUUUUUCUUGCAAACCUGUGAUCAAUAUCUAAUCUUGUGAAUAUUAUUUGCUCUUCGUGAUUGUGAUAAUUGUUUGAAUACCUAAAACUUGGAUCCUUCUCUGAAGGGAUAGUUGCUUGAUAACUGUAAAAUCGAAUCAUUUUUUGGAUAGUUGCUUGAUGACUAUAAAAUUGAAUCCUGUUUGGCUCUAUGUAAAUGAAAUAAUGACUGAAGGGAAAAUGGGUUGUUGACCAUUUGAGAGUGCAUAACGUUGUGCAAUAUGUCUGCAGCCAAGCAACAUAAGUUUGUGAAGUGGAGACUAAUCACAUGAUAAGAUAUGUUCAGUAGAGCCUGCUUCCUCUCUUUUGGCUUGCAGAUUCCAACCACCUGCAGACCAGAUAAUGUGGGACUAGGCAUAUUUAUUAUCUUGCUUCAUAGCAAACUUCUGUUAAAAUGUGCAAUCUUGCUGCUUCCUUCAUCAAUGGAUGUAUGUGUAUUCAUGCUCAAAUUUCUGAAGAGAUUUGAAAUAGAGUAUGCUUAGGUGU